AUAAUUAGAGAGAAAAAAGGGAAAAUUUAAAGCAAGGAACUAGGAGCCACUACAGAUUUUGAGUAGAUCUCCCAGCUCCUUCAAAACUCAGCGCCCCAUUCACCAUCAUCGUCGUCCUCCUCCUCCAUAGCCAUUCAUCAAUCUCUCUUUCUCUGCAUAUACAUAUAUACAUAUAUAGAGAGAGAGAGAGAUUCCUGGUAGUAGUAAGGAAUCUAGCACAGCGGAGGCGAAGAAUGGGGGCGUAUCGAGCGGACGACGAUUACGACUACUUGUUCAAGGUGGUGCUGAUUGGCGACUCCGGCGUCGGAAAAUCCAAUCUCCUCUCCAGAUUCACUCGCAACGAGUUCAGCCUCGAGUCCAAGUCCACCAUCGGCGUCGAGUUCGCCACUCGCAGCAUCCGCGUCGACGACAAGGUCGUUAAGGCCCAGAUUUGGGACACCGCCGGCCAAGAGCGAUACCGUGCAAUCACGAGUGCCUACUACCGAGGAGCGGUUGGUGCACUGCUAGUCUAUGAUGUCACACGACACGUCACAUUUGAGAACGUGGAGAGGUGGCUGAAGGAGCUCCGCGACCACACGGAUUCCAGCAUCGUCAUCAUGCUUGUGGGGAACAAAUCCGACCUGCGCCACCUGAGAGCCGUCUCAACAGAGGACGCGAAAAGGUUCGCCGAAAAAGAGGGAACCUUUUUCAUGGAGACCUCUGCAUUGGAGUCAAUGAAUGUUGAGAACGCCUUCACAGAGGUUCUCACACAGAUACACCAUGUUGUCAGCAGGAAAGCUCUGGAUGCCGGGAAUGAUGUGGCCGCUUUGCCCAAAGGACAGACCAUUAACGUUGGUGGUAAGGACGAUGUUUCUGCAGUAAAGAAGCUUGGUUGUUGCUCUUCUUAGAUAGAGAGAGCAAAGACAACACAAUCCAAGCAAUGCCAGUUCUCAUCAUUUGAGCAGUUUUCAUAUAUUGUUCUGUAUUUGCUUCUAAUUCUUGUCUUCUUAUGUUCUACAAUUAAAAGUGACCAGCCACUGGAGUUGGAGUUUGUACUUCGUACACUACCCCUGUUACUAUUCUUUAUUCUAGAAAAAAAGGUUCAAAAAUGUCCCAACGUUAGUAAAUUUGUUAUUAUACA